AUGGGUGUCAACUUCAGAACAAGCAUCCUCGUGGUCUUGCUUGCUCCUCUCGCCGCCUUGCUGGCUGGACGAAUUCGCGUGCUGUCCCUAGCUUACUUCAAUGCUCCGGCGCGGAUGCCCAGACAUGCAAACUUCACCUCAUACGAGAUCAAGUUCGCAGACCGGAUCCGGAGUUGCGAAGAUGUGCUUCUCGUCGAGAACCGGGGCAUAGCACUCUUGGCAUGUGACCCGGGCCGGGAGACAUGGAACACUGUCAUGGGGGACUUCGUUGACAGCGCCGAACCUGACCCUAAUGCUGAGCUCUAUGCCUGGCAUUACGGAGAUUCGUCUCUGCCUGAUGAGGAGAGCCUUGUGCGUAUCAAGACCGUCGGGUUUGGCUCGGAGCUCCGCACGAUAGGAUUCGAGUACCACGAGCGCAGCUCCACGCUCUUGGUGACAAACCACGGACGGCAGGGCUCUCGAAUUGAGCAAUUUCAUCUUGACCUCGAGACUCUGACAGCCACACAUGUCCGCUCUAUCAUCCACCCGCUGAUCAGCAUCCCCAACUCUAUUGCCGCGAUCAGCGAGUCUGAAUUCUUCGUCACGAAUCAGCACCACUUCACCGCUCGCGAGCACCCACUCCUUUGGGCUUUCGAGACAUACGUCGCGCCACCAAUUGCGACCGUCGUGCACGUGCACGUUCUGGAGAACGGGACUGUCGACGCCGCAGUCGUCACCCGCCAGGCCUACCCAAACGGUAUCGUGCUGCUCAACGACACCACCCUCGCCGUCGCAGCCUCGAGCAAGCGCACUGUGAACUUGUACACCAUCUCCUCGGCAGAUGCGCAGACGCAACACCCGAGCCUGAAGCUAGAAACGAGCUUCUGGCUGCCGUUCCUGCCGGACAACCUUGCCGUUUCGAAGAGCGACGGCGCCCUGCUUGUUGCGGGACACCCGCAUCUUCCGAGUCUGGGUAAGUACGCAAGCUCCCGGCGCAUCUGCCACCGGCCGGAGGUGUUGGAGACCCAUGGUCAGGAGGGGCAGGACAUGUGCGCGAGAGUAGGCGCCGCAUCUUGGGCGAGUGAGUGGACGCCAGAAGGUGGGGUGAAGCAUAUAUAUGCAGAUUGGGAGUAUCCAACGAGUGCGUCAGUUGUGAGGGAUAGAACAAAAGGCCUCGGGAUUGUGUCCGGGCUUUACGCCAAGGGCCUGCUGGUAUGGCGGGACUGA